UCUAUUUUCCACUUUUGGGGGCGGGGCCUUAAACCAAGCCAUUUGAGUGACGUAUGGCCGAUGGUCGGUGGACGUUUCCAUCAUGGCGGCUUCCAUUUCGGGUUAUACUUUUAGUUCUGUGUGUUACCACAGCGCCAACAGUAAUUCUGACCAUGAGGGCUUCCUGUUAGGAGAAGUAAGGCAAGAGGAGACAGUCAGCAUUAGUGACACCCAGAUCAGCACUGCAGAAUUGCUUCAAGUAGUUGAAAUUCAUAACCAUAACCCUUGCGCGCAGUUAUUUAGCUUUUAUGACUAUGCGGGCAAAGUUGACGAAGAAAGUCUCAAGCGAAUACUUAAAGACAGACAGAAAAAUGUCAUCGGUUGGUACCGGUUCCGAAGGAACACCCCGCAGCAGAUGUCGUUCAGGGAACAGAUCAUCCACAAACAGUUGACCCAGCUGCUGGGCGUACCAGACCUAGUCUUCCUUCUCUUCAGCUUCAUCUCUACAGCCAACAGCUCCACGCACGCUCUGGAGUAUGUGCUCUUUAGGCCCAACCGCAGCAGGUACAACCAGAGGAUCACCCUAACUAUACCGAACCUCGGUAAUACCAGCCAGCAGGAAUACAAAGUCUCCUCAGUGCCCAACACCUCGCUCAACUACGCAACCGUCAUCAAGGAGAAUGGAGCCGAGUUCUUUGACAAGGAUGGUGUCAUGAAGGAUAUUCGAACGAUUUUCCAAGUCUACAACGCACUACAGGAUAAACUGCAGGCGGUCUGUGCAGAGGUGGAACAGAGCGAGCGCAUUAAAGAGAAGAUUCAAGAAGAUGUGAACGAAAUCAAACAACAAAUUGAUCUCAGGAAACGGAAGACGGCGGAGGAGGAGAAAAAGCUCUGGGAGGCUCAGCACGCAGAUCUUCAUCAGUCCAGCCCAGAGGAGAACACGGAACAGUCCAGGGCUUCCCUAACAUCCAGGAUAGCCUUCCAGACCCCCGCGGCUCCCGAGCGGCCCGGCAUCUCACCCAACCCUCCUUCUUAUGAGGACCUCAUGUCCCAUGACAGAGCUCUGCUCUCCACCUCCUCCACCCCCACCCGCGCAGCCCUGCUGCCACGGCCCCAGGCGGUGGGUUCCCCGGGCCACCCCAGCCCCGCCUCGCUGGUACUGGGCAUGGGUCUCGGGCUAGGCCUCGGGGCCGGCUCGGGUCCCACUCUCCCCUCCGUCACACCGUACCUGGGUAACGGCGACGGCUCGAGCUCCGACUCCCUGGACAGACAAGCGGCAGGACAGGAGGACGAGGAAGACGAAGAAGACGAGGACGAAGACAGUAGCGAGUACGAGAACUUGGUAAGCGAAGCCCAGCUUUUGCCGCCCCUGUUGGCACAGGGGCGCCCAGCAGCGCUCAGUCCUGACGGAGACGUGCGGGGCUCACAGACCUCGUAGACCACAUGCCGCUGUGUGCCAAAGGGACACCAAACAGCUUGGUAUGAUGAAUCGAUAACCUAAUCAAAGACGAUGCAUUUCCUGUACGAGGGAGGAAGUGGCAGGCCUGGAGAGAAAAGGCGUGCACAGGGGGAUGUUUCCACCAUAUGCGUUUCUUAUUCGUCUGUAGUUUGACCUCCAUUUUUAGGGGAAAACUAACCCCGGCUUUGCAGGCUUAAUGGGAGUAACUGGAGAAAUGUGUUCUUUUAACAUCGGGUCACUCCGUAGUGGAUGCGUGUUGUUUCAGUGUCAGUGGUGGCCGACUGAUCUGGGGAGCCCUCUUGGUACGACACAGACUUUAGUUCACUCUCACUGGAUCAUGCUACUUCACUUCCACUGGAUCAUGCUAUUUGCGCAUCUCUGAGCACCCAACGAUACCAUUACCUCUUGCACUAUUUUUGCCUUCAAUUUAUUUAAGAAAAGAAAAGGGAAAAAUAUUUAGCGGCCUUCAAACUUUUCUUUUUCUUAUGAGGUAGGCACGUUUUUAUUUUAUUUUAAAAGAUGUAUGUUGACAAUUUUUUCUUUUAAAUUGCACAGUUAGGUCAUUUUGAUUUUGGGUGUCCAUUAGUAGUUUUGUUUUCAUACAAGCACAGUAUGUCUAUAAUAAAUAGUCGAGAUGCCUAUUAAGAUGAAGUAAAAAUUGAUUUAAAUCACAUUCAUCCAUCCACUUCUAUACUAGGUGCUGGUGUAUUUUUGUCAGAGUAACAAGUUUGUGAAACUCGCAUAAUCAACAACGAUAUCAGUGUCUCCUUUAGAUGAACACUGACAUCAAAUGUGCUUUGCUGCACUUAGCUAGUCAGAUUUAAUCCGAUUUAUUUUUAAUAUUGUGCUUUAACAAUGAGGAAAUAUGUGCCACUUUUUUUUGUACAUUGGUUUGUCUUCACAGGGCAAACAAACGUACUGUAGCUUUACCAGAUGCUGAUGGCUCUUACACUAAAGCUGCAACACAGAGCAAAACCACAACACAAACUUUGCACCUGCCUGUUUAUUCUUUCCAUAAAAGUCAUCCCUCGCACACUCGCCUCAGACUGCUCAUAUUCCCCCGCAAACUACUACUAACAUUACACAAGCUGUGUCUGUGGACUUGGUCUCUAUAAAAUUCAUUAUGGAAGGCCAACUGCCUCUUUUACUGUGUACUGUAACCCUGGUUACCAAGGCAGAUCACUUUCUGUCUUUCUACAGAGUCCACAUCAGAUCUCAUGCAUUUCAAACCUGACCAUUCAGUUGUUAUGUAUGUAGACAUUGACGAAAAUACCGUGGCUUUAGAUUGGUUUACAGUGCCUUCCACUCAGGAUUGUGUCACACACCCGUAACUGGACACAGAAUGCAUUUGCAAUGACUUUUUAAUCUAUGCUGUAAUGUUAAAAUGUUUUUUUUUGUCAUUUGCUACACAUUUACACCGCACUAGUGUAAUGUGUUGCUUCAUCUUUACAACUGAUAUUGAAAACACUGCACACCCUUAUAUGUGAUAUUCCUUUUUUCUGUUAUUUUUCACUCUAACCAAAUCGUCAAAGGCUUUAAGAUGGACCUAUAAUUUACAUGUGACACAGCUUUACAAAUGUCUUGCUUGCUACUUAUUUGAAACUGGAAUUGUAUAUUUAUAUAAUGUACAGAUAGAGGGAGCUUCCAUUCAUAAAUGUAAGAAGCCUCCCAGGUACACUUAGACUGAUAUGGUGAUUAUUACAUUUUACGCAAUUAAUUACCAGAAAGAAAUAUUUUGAAAUGGUUAUAGGUCCUGAGUUGAAGACAUCUUGGCCGCAUGAACAAGGUUAACCGCGUUAAGACUGUUAUAUUGGACAUAUGCUUUUACAAUGUGGCUGAAAGUAAAUUUUCACAAGCAAGUUGCAUUUCCUUUGCAUAGGAAAUAGAAAAAGUGGAACGGCAUAGGGAAGAGCUUUAUUUUUUAAGCUGUCGCUUUGGCUUCAAGACCCUGAUGGCGUUUCUCGCUUUAUGCUCUUUCCUAACUCAAUGCGCUGGGACAGAUUGAUUAGCGGGAAAAUGUUGACAUGGCGAUUCAGAGGAAAACACUAUUGCAUAUACGAGUGAGGGGUACACCAGUGACUCACAUAGCGAGGACUCCUUCUGAGCACUGGAUAAUAUAUAUAAAUAUAAUAUGAAUGUAAAGGAAAUGGGGCUGCAAAACAGCAUGUGCUGUACUUAUCUCGGACAGUUGGAUUACAGGGUGGCAGGUGUAAAGCAUUAGAAUGGAGUUGGAAUUUAAUUUUUGAAAUUCGUUUGGCUUAUAUAAAUGGCAAAUAACCUAGCUUGCUGGAGCUGGAGAAAGAGGUAAUUGUGCCCCCUCUCCAAAGGAGGUCAUUGCACCUUCAGAUUUAGCCUGACUCACAGUCCCCCACAAGCCCAGUAUCUUGUGAGCCUGUCGUCUGUAUGUAAUGUGUAAAAGGGUAUAAGAGUAAUGUUUUAGCUGCACAAGUUUUCCUCCCACACAUACAUGGUCCUAAAUUUGAUUUAAUUAAAUGAGACAUGCUUAUGUGA